AUGAAAGUGGAGGAGCGGACAUGCACUGGAGGUGGAAAGGCGUCGGGAAUUUGGAGGUGGGCCGGCGUCAGAAAGCUCUCUUGCGGAGGCUGGGAGAUUUCCACCCAAGAUGUAAAUUUCUCAAUAGCAAAGCCCAACUGUAUUGAUCGUUGUGGAAAUGUAAGUAUUCCCUUCCCUUUUGGCACGACAGAAGACUGUUACCUCAGUAAGAGUUUCUUCGUCACUUGUAAUGACACCCACUACGAUCCUCCCAAAGCAUUCUUACGAAACUCGGCCAUAAAUAUCACGAGCAUAUCCCUGGAGGGCCAAUUGCGAGUCUUGCAAUUCAUAGCAAGGGACUGUUAUUAUCCGAAUGGCACCAGUUUACACUCUAAUAACCCCAGGAUAACGAUUCCCAACAUGACGGUCAAUAAUACUGCGAAUAAGUUCACUGUCGUUGGUUGUGAUACAAGGGGUUUUGUAUCUGGGAAACGGGCAAACAGGAAUUACACCACAGGGUGCAGUUCCCUUUGUGCCAGCGAGGAGGAUCUGGUGAACGGCUCUUGUUCUGGUGUCGGCUGUUGCCAGACGUCUAUCCCCAAAAAUGUCUGGAGAGUUCAGAUGAGCUUGGGGAGCUUUCAUCAAUACAAGAACUAUGAUAAUCGCAGAAGUACGUGGGUCUUCAAUUCUUGCAGCUAUGCAUUUGUUGUUGAGGAAACAUCUUUCAGUUUUUCUCCGAGCAAUCUUUCCCUCCUGAGUAACGUAACGAGGCUUCCUAUGGUGCUUGACUGGGCAAUUGGGAAUGGAACAUGUGAGGAUGCUAAAAAGAACCUCUCCAGUUAUGCAUGUAAAAGCGAAAACUCAGAGUGUCUCAAACCCAACAAUGGUGAUGGAUAUCGCUGCAAUUGCCUGAAAGGUUAUCGAGGAAAUCCAUACCUCCUUGAUGGUUGUCAAGAUAUUGAUGAAUGUCAAGAUCCAAGUCUCAACGAUUGUGAAAAGGACCGCUGUGUAAAUACAGUAGGAAAUUUUCAGUGUGUCUGCCCGAAAGGUUACCAAGGCAAAGGGAAAACAGAUGGACAAGGUUGUGUUCGCAUUCGUGGUGAAUCAAUUACCUUGAAACUUGUUGCAGGGAUUGCUAUAGGAGUCAGUGUUCUUCUGCUUGCUUCCUGUCUGAGACUAUCAGCAAAACGCUUAUGGGCACAAAAUGAAUCCAACAUAGAAGAGAUGGAAUCGCUUCUUUCUGUGGAACUUAAUAGCUUCUCCAGUGUUGAGGGCAAUAGCAAAGGUAUUGUGUUUGAUAGCAUGAGGAAUGAUAUAAUUCUACCAAUGGGUGGUGUAAGAUGA